AUGCAACGUGAAACUUUACAUUCUUCAAAUAAACGAUGUGAUAAUCUGAAUAAUCAAUUAAUUGAGAGCUUGUAUAUCAGAUUACAUGGAAUGCUUUUUACCGAAAUUGGUCUUGAAUUUAUUGAUCAGAUUUUAGAAAUAUUUAUAGACAUAUUAUUCAGAUUGAAAGAUAUUCAGAGUUAUAAUGAUACAAAUGGGACAAAGUGGUUGUUAACCACAUCAACUAAUAUGAAUUUUAAUCAAAUUCUAGAUUUAGAUCCAACAUUUGCUGAAGAAUCUAGGCUUACUUUUACUGUUAUGUAUCAAUUAAUGUCUAAAUAUCUUGACUCUAUAUCGUUUCAGGGUGAAGUCGAU